AUGUCCGUACAACAGCCACUACAGCCCGUAGGAGCACAUGGAGCCGGCCAGACACAUGGUCAUAUGCAUGACCAUGACCAUCACUCUAAGCAGUCUGUCUCGCAAGAGAAACACAGCACUGCACCGGAAACUAAGCGGUACCACGCUCUGGACCUUGGCAGUAGUGGUGAUGGAAAACCUUUCCUUUCCGUGUUCGACAUUGACAAAGACGACGAUCAAAUGCUCAUUCUUGAGAAGGCCAAUCCCAAGGACCGCAAAUCUCCUUGGACUAUCAGCCUCAAUAAGUCAAAGCGUAACUUUCUUCAGCUUGCUGGCUCUACAGUGUCUUGUCAGCACCAACGAUACCUCUCUACAGAGGCUGCCGGCAAGCAACAAGAGUGGUACAUUUGUCGACGCAGCGACUCUAGCUUUGGUAUAGUUAGUGCCGGCUCAGAAGGGCAGUGCCUUGCACUGGACCCCAACGGCUCAACUAAAGGCAAGGCGGGAAAACCACUUUCAUGCCAGCUAUAUGUGGAAAAGGAGCAGUAUCAGAUGUGGAGUAUCUAUUUCCGUGAUGUCAAGGGGGAUUGGAAAGGUGUCAAAUGA